UUUAAUUUCCCUGGACAAAAACCCGGUGAUUCCCUUCCAGUGGGAUAUAGGAAGCUGUAGCAGAAUACUGUCAUGAUGGCAUCCGAUACGGACGAGGUGCUGGAGCGUCUCAUUGAGGACGUCAGGCCGAAGUUGAGGGAACUCCUUAAGGUCGAGCAGGUGCUGGAUCAUUUGUAUUUUGUCGAAAGCGACCAAAAGGACCAGAUCAGACAGAGGGUGAGGACGGACGGCGACCAAAUGGCUGCAGAUGUUCUAAUAAACGCCGUCAUGAAGAAGCCGCACACCCAAGGCUGGUUCACGGCCUUUGUCGACGCCCUGGAAAACUCGGGCUGCGUGUCCGCGGCGGAGUGCGUGAAGAACACGCCGGUGGAGCCCGACGUGGAGGCGGAGAACGACUGCUGCGUGCGGCUCAUCCAAAUAGUCUACCCGAGCCUGGUGACCAUGAACACGGACGAGGUGUGCGUGCCGUGCCACGCUGAGGGUCUGCUCAGCGCCGAGGACAUGGACAUCGUUAACGCUGAAACAGCACAAAGAGGAGCCAGGAACGGAGCCCGUGAGCUGCUGAGAAGGAUCGUGAGGCAGCCGCCAGGGUGGUUUUCCACAUUUCUGAGUGUCCUGCGGGAAACGGAUCACCAUGACCUGUAUAAGCUGCUUGGAGGGUGUUCUGACAGUAAGCAACAAGUGAAAGACGGGGCCACAGGCGAGUGUCCGGCGGCAGCUGACGGCUGUGAUGACUCGGCGCUUACGGACACCAGCACAGCUGAGGAUCCUCAGGAUGAAUCCACAGACAUGUACCGAGGAGCAGGCGGUGAAUCCACACAACUGUCCAGCAGCUUGGAGCCCUCAGAGCCAGAUGGACCCGCUCCAGCAGGAGCAGCAGCGGCGGCGGCGGCCGAUAGGGAUAAUAUUGUUCUUCGAGAUUACCAGGAGGAGGUCGCUAGACCUGCCCUGGAGGGGAAAAACAUCAUCAUAUGCCUCCCAACAGGAAGUGGUAAAACCAGAGUUGCAGUUUAUAUUACCAAAAAACAUCUGGACAGCAGGAGGGCAGAGGGCCGAACGGGCAAGGUGGUCGUCCUGGUCAACAAGAUCCCCCUCGUCGAGCAGCAUUAUUCCACGGAGUUCUUGCCGUUUCUGAAGCCCACCUAUAAAGUGGAGCGAGUCAGCGGCGACAGCCAGCUCAGGAUUUCUUUCACUGAGAUCGUGAAGAACAAUGACGUCAUCAUCUGCACGGCCCAGAUCCUGGAGAACUACUUGGAGCGGGACACCAAGGGGGAGGACGAAGGGGUGAAGCUAAGCGACCUGAGUCUGAUUGUGAUAGACGAGUGCCACCAUACGCAGAAGGGAGGCGUGUACAACCACAUAAUGAUGCGCUACCUGAAGCAAAAGAACAAGAACUCAAGCAGGAGGAAGGUGCAGAAGGAGCCCGUGCCCCUUCCUCAGAUUCUGGGCCUGACGGCUUCGCCAGGAGUCGGCGGAGCCACGAUGAUGGCAAAGGCCGAGGAGCACAUUCUGCGAAUCUGUGCAAACCUGGACGCUUGGAAAAUUAUGACAAGCAACCUUGGGAAUUACAAAAGGGAACCCAAGAAAACAGUUCUACCUGUAGAAGACAGAAAAGAGGAUCCUUUUGGUGAUGUCAUUAAGAAAAUCAUGGAUGCUAUUCAUGCCCAUGCUCAGCUGACUCCAGCAUGUAACGUUGGCUCCCAGACCUAUGAACAGUGGGUUGUUCAGCUAGAGCGGAAAGCUGAAAAAGAAGAAAAUCACGACGUGCGCGUUUGCACGGAGCAUCUUCGCUCCUAUAGCGAAGCCCUGAACCUCAGCAACACCAUUCGCAUGUGCGAUGCCUUCAGUUUCCUGAACAAAUACCAAGAGGAGGAAAUGAAGAAGAAAACAGUUCCUGAUGCUGAGGAAGCUGUACAAAUUACAGACACUGAAAGAUUCCUCUUCAAACUAUUUAAAGAUAACAAGGAAAGGCUGCAGGAGCUCGCCAAAAAUCCACAGUAUGAAAACGAAAGCCUGUCAGAGCUGAGAAAGAUCAUUCUCAAGGAGUUCAGCAGCAGAGCGGACGCCAGAGGGAUCAUUUUCACCAAAACACGCCGCAGUGCCAUCGCUCUAAACCAGUGGAUUCAGGAAAACCCCAAGUUCGCAGACAUCGGCGUGAAAGCAGCGUACGUCAUCGGAGGAGGAGACCAGAGUGUUGUAAAACCCAUGACGUCUGCGGAACAAAAGAACGUACUGACCAACUUCAGUACCGGGGCUGUGAACCUGCUGAUCGCCACCACUGUGGCCGAGGAAGGUUUGGACAUACCAGCCUGCAACCUCGUCAUCCGAUACGGCCUCGUGACCAAUGAGAUCGCUAUGAUUCAGGCCAAAGGCAGAGGACGAGCUGAGGACAGCAGUUACAUCUUAGUAGAGGUGAAGAACUCCGGGGUGGCGGAAAAGGAGGUUGUAAACGAACACCGACUAAAUAUGAUGAACAAAGCCAUUGACAAAAUAAGAGCCAUGAGUCAUGAGGUCUAUGAGGGAAAGAUCAAAGAGUUUCAGUUGCACGCUAUACUGGAGAAUAAGAUGAAAGAGAAGCAGAAGAUAAGGAAUGCCGUUAAAACCAUCGACCCGUCUGACGUGAAGUUCACCUGCCGAGGCUGUGGGGUUCACGUGUGCACGGGCAGCGACAUCCACAUCAUUGAAAACAAGCACGUCGUCAAUGUGACGUCACAGUUUAGCAACCUUUUCAAUCGGACAGAAAACACGUCUCUCUCCCAGCGACUUCUGGAGUUGGAGAGCAAUGGCUUCAUAGCGUGCAAGGCCUGUGGGGAGAGAUGGGGUUCGAUGAGGCUGUAUCGCAACAUCGAGUGCCCCAGCCUCCUGGUGCAGCACUUUGUGGUGUGGCUGCACGGGGAGCCUUAUAAAAAAUGCAUGAAGUGGAAGGAUCUCCCCGUGACGUUUGCCGACUUUGACUACGUUGAGCACGCGGCACAGCUGGCAGAGAGCUCCGAUGAGGACGAAACCGAAUGAACUGCAGCGGAUUCAAGCGACCAUCUGAUCAGCCUUGUUCUUAUCUUAACCAGGUGGCUGGUUUGGUGUAUUUUGUAUUUGAUUCACUAGAAUUUCAGAUUAUGUUGGGAUAUUUGACAUGAUUUUACUGUACUCUGUUACUCCUGCUGGAAUUCUGUCAUUCAUGAAAUAUGUGGCGUGUGCCUCACUGGGAGAAAAAUGAACUGGAAACAUUUACUAAUAAUAAAACAAUCCCUUGAAACCUG